AUGUGCCAUUGGAGGGGGGGGGGGGGGGGGGGGGGGGGGGGGGGGGGGGGGGGGGGGGGGGGGGGGGGGGGGGGGGGGGGGGGGGGGGGGGGGGGGGGGGGGGGGGGGGGGGGGGGGGGGGGGGGGGGGGGGGGGGGGGGGGGGGGGGGGGGGGGGGAGGGGGGGGGGGGGGGGGGGGGGGGGGGGGGGGGGGGGGGGGGGGGGGGGGGGGGGGGGGGGGGGGGGGGGGGGGGGGGGGGGGGGGGGGGGGGGGGGGGGGGGGGGGGGGGGGGGGGGGGGGGGGGGGGGGGGGGGGGGGGGGGGGGGGGGGGGGGGGGGGGGGGUGGGGGGGGGGGGGGGGGGGGGGGGGGGGGGGGGGGGGGGGGGGGGGGGGGGGGGGGGGGGGGGGGGGGGGGGGGGGGGGGGGGGGGGGGGGGGGGGGGGGGGGGGGGGGGGGGGGGGGGGGGUGGGGGGGGGGGGGGGGGGGGGGGGGGGGGGGGGGGGGGGGGGGGGGGGGGGGGGGGGGGGGGGGGGGGGGGGGGGGGGGGGGGGGGGGGGGGGGGGGGGGGGGGGGGGGGGGGGGGGGUGGGGGGGUGGGGGGGGGGGGGGGGGGGGGGGGGGGUGGGGGGGGGGGGGGGGGGGGGGGGGGGGGGGGGGGGGGGGGGGGGGGGGGGGGUGGGGGGGGGGGGGUGGGGGGUGGGGGUUUAUGUGGGGGGGGGGGGGGUGUUUUAUUAUUUGGGGUUUAGUUAUAUUGUAGUGGGGGUAUGGGUGAUUGUGGGAAAGUGA